AUGUCUACCAAUGCCGACAAGUGUCCGAUGGACCAGCCUACCUACACUUCCCCCAUUGAUGCGGAGCCACUUCAUCGCUACCGACAAGGCGGUUACCACCCAGUCACCUUAGGAGAAUGUCUUAAAGCUGGAAGGUAUAAGGUGUCACAUAAAUUAGGAUGGGGUGGCUACUCGACAGUUUGGGCGGCGACAGAGACUUACGUCGCUGUGAAGGUUUGUGUUGCAGAACGUGAACAUGAUAGGGAGACGCGAGAACUCCAAACUAUGAAGGAAUUGGCAUCUCAUCUCCCUAGUCCGACGCAUGUGGUGCAGUUGCUCGAUGAUUUCGGCCUAAUGGGCCCAAAUGGGUUCCACAAAUGCCUCGUUUAUGAACUUUUGGGGCCGAACAUUCCGGACGUAGUUGAUGCUCAUUUUUCCGGUGGGAGACUCCCUGGAAAGCUUGCUAAAAUCAUUGCCAAGCAAAGUCUUUCCGGGCUUAAUGAUUUGCACCAACGGAAUAUUGGACACGGAGGAAAACCUGAAAUAGGCCGUGUCCAGAGGCACGAUGGGAAAGACCUUGAGCUCGGCAUGCCGGAGUAUAUCGUGAAGCCCACCUCAUAUCGAAUACGUUCUUGGAACUCGAUUCGAGCACCCGAAGUUUUAUUCCAGGAUCAAAUUGAUUAUCAUGUUGAUUUGUGGAGUAUGGGCUGCAUGCUCUUUGAACUUUUCACAGGCCAGCCGCCUUUUGACACCUUCCUAAUAACACCCCCAAUUCUCAUCGGUCAAAUGCAAGAGAUGGCGAGUGACGAUCUACCUCAAAGAUGGCAAGAGAUAUGGAAUACGAUGAAUAAAGGGGACGACGUGACCGCGGAAAGCUCCGGGCCUAACCUGCAAGAAUGGCUGGAAGAAGUGUAUUUUGAUGGCCGCAGGACCCCUGAUCUCACAAGAGGGGACAUAACGAGGCUGGGAGAAAUCAUUGGAAGCUUGUUGUGCUUUGAACCGUCGGCAAGAGCAUCAGCGAGACAGAUUCUCGACGACCCUUGGUUCAAUGAGUAG